UUGACGUGUUGUUUUCUUCUUGCCAGUGUCCAUCAAAUCUCGAGGCACACUGCCUUGAGAUUUUCUCCAUAAGAGCUGCUGAAAAGUGCAGUUCGCUUCAGAAUGAAAGGGCCGCAAGCUGGAAGUUGGCAUGAAGAAUUACUGAAACGGAGGAAGGCCAACACGCACAAGGAACGGCGGAAGGAAGGUCGAACCAUCCACACUAAAGCGUCCAAGACCUCCAUCACCAUCGCCUCUAUCGCCCUGAUUUUCAAUGCCAUGGCCAUAGCUAUGCCCCACUGGAGAUCAAGUUGGGUAGCUUUGAUUGGCUAUGGUGCCAGAAGGCAUUGGGGCCUUUUGGCAGUUCAGGGAAGAAAGAUGACGAUGCACCACACCAUGUUCGAGAACAACUGCAAAUGGCAUGGAACUUUGAUGCUGGGCAAUAGCUGCCUUUCGCCCAUUUGCAAAUGGUACCUUCUGAAAUGUCAAGUGUAUUUCGACCUUUGCCUGUACAGCUAUGGUGCUGCCUUCUUCGUCCUACUUGCACUACUUAUUCAUGUGCUCUGCUUGAUCUGGACUUGUAUGCUAAGCACCCGCAGUUUGAGAUGGGCUGCCACCUGGUGGCCGGUCGCAGCACUUUUCCACCUGGGGGGUGCGAUCUUCUGGGUGGUCAUCACUGAGGGCAUCUUUGACACAUUGGACGAAGAAUCUUGGUAUCCAGUUCCAACUCCAGGGGCAUCUUUCUUUAUUGCAUGCGUUGGCGGUUUCGGACAGUGUGUUUGUGUUUUCAUUGCGUUCCAGCUGAUGAAAACUUGGCCAGAGGUUGAUCCAGACGAUCCAAACCAAUUUAUGUCAGACUCCAGUGAGCCAGAGGAGGACGAUGAAACAGAGGAGGUGAUGAAAGUUGCCCAACCUUUGCCGACUCCAGGACUUCAGCCGUUUCCUUUGCCAUUUUUAUGGGCGCAUCCAGUCUCAGGACCCAUGACGACAGUUCCAGGACCAGUACCACCAGCAGAUUCUGCACCUACAGAGACCGAACGUCAGUGGUACUAUAAGGACAAGGGAGGUCAAGAACAAGGACCAUUCCCAACUUCAAUCAUGCUUGGCUGGUAUGGACAAGGUUCCAUCGGGUCGGACCUUGAGCUGAGACGAGACGACGAGGAUUCCUACAGCCCACUGGGUGAUGGUUCGCGCUUCAGGCAGUGAUCUGCCAGGUCCCCUAUCAAUGCAGGAAAAGGUCGAGCCUUUUCGCUGCCGACCACCGAUGGCUGCAUCUUUCCGAUCAAACAGGCUAUCUCGAAACUAGCAUUUGGAUGUAUGGUUGGCACAUUUCCAGUGCCGAUGCUAACAGCAUGAAACUUCCUGUCGAGUCGUG